GCUCCGGGAAGCCGGGCUCCUCCAGCUGCGAUGGGUGCGGGGACCUGAAGACUCUCGGUAACCCCAAAACCGCGAGUGACCUUCCUCGGGCGGGGUGCGGCGCCCCCGGCCCCGCGCGCUGAGCACCGUCGCCAGCAGCUGCAGGCCAGGGACCAGCUGCGGGAGAUGAGCAGCCACCUUGUGGGCCUGUGACCGGCGCCCAGAGUGAGGGCAGACGAAGCUGUUGCUGAGAUGAUGGUCUAGCUCAGUCCAUCCCUUCAUCCUCAGAUCUGGGAUUUCCCCUGCCUCCAGUUGGCUCCUACUCCUGACCCCAUGGGGACCACAGAAGCCACGCUCCGGAUGGAAAACGUGGAUGUGAGGGAGGAAUGGCAAGAUGAGGAUCUGCCCAGGCCAAUCCCAGAAGAGACAGGGAUGGAGUUGCUGGCUGGCGAGGUAGAGGAUGCAUCCUCCCCUCCCACCACCUUGAACUUCAGUGGAGCCCAUAGGAAGAGGAAGACGCUGGUGGCUCCCGAGAUCAACAUUUCUCUAGAUCAAAGUGAGGGUUCCCUGUUGUCUGAUGACUUCCUGGACACCCCUGAUGACCUGGACAUCAAUGUUGAUGACAUCGAGACCCCCGAUGAGACCGACUCACUCGAGUUCCUGGGGAAUGGCAACGAGCUGGAAUGGGAGGAUGACACUCCCGUGGCCACUGCCAAGAACAUGCCAGGAGAUAGUGCAGAUCUCUUUGGGGAUGGAGCAACAGAAGACGGCAGUGCUGCCAAUGGUCGUCUGUGGCGGACAGUGAUCAUUGGAGACCAGGAACAUCGCAUAGACCUGCACAUGAUCCGACCAUACAUGAAGGUGGUCACACACGGAGGCUACUAUGGUGAAGGUCUCAAUGCCAUCAUCGUCUUCGCUGCCUGCUUCCUCCCAGACAGCAGUUCACCUGAUUAUCACUACGUCAUGGAGAAUCUCUUCCUGUAUGUCAUUAGCAGUCUGGAAUUGCUCGUGGCUGAGGACUACAUGAUCGUGUACCUCAACGGUGCCACACCACGGCGGAGGAUGCCUGGCAUCGGCUGGCUGCGGAAGUGUUAUCAGAUGAUUGACAGGAGGCUUCGGAAGAACCUGAAGUCACUGAUCAUCGUUCACCCCUCCUGGUUCAUCCGCACAGUACUGGCCAUCUCCCGGCCCUUCAUCAGCGUCAAGUUCAUCAGUAAGAUCCAGUACGUGCACAGCCUGGAGGAGCUGGGGCAUCUUAUCCCCAUGGAACACGUGCAGAUCCCUGACUGUGUCCUGCAGUAUGAAGAGGAAAGACUCAGAGCCAAGAGAGAGAGCACAAGACCUCAGCCAGAGUUUGUCCUUCCCAGGCCAGAAGAGAAGCCAGAGACAGUAGAGGCAGAAGACAGGGCCGCUGAGGUCACAGAAGAUCAGGAAACGAGGUGGUGUGAUGCAGGGCCAUCUGGCAUGUCCUGAUGUCAUGGGAGCAUCUUGAUAGACAUGAGAGAAGAUUCCAGAUGACAAGAAACUUCUUUCAGAUGCCCUCUGGCCCUGGAUUUCAUCCCACUUUGCCCUGAGUCCACUUUCGAGGUUCCAGGCUCUUCAUCCACUCGGACACCCCGUGCCCUUUUCAGCUGCUUCAAUACAUUGUCUUUCUUCCA